GUGUAAAGAAAUGAAAUAAUCAACAUAACAUUUUGAUGGGUUUUGAUAUCUCUCUUGGUCUUGGUCUAGGCCUCCAUGAACAAAGCCAUAAGAAAAAGGAUGAUGAUCCAUUUAAUAAGGCAAACCCAAUAAUAUCUCUUACGUUAGGAGUAGGAGGAUCCCCUUCACAUGCUUCUUCUACAUGCAGUUUGCAACUCUCUUCAUUUUCCAAUUCUUCCACAAAUAUUAGCAUCAAGAGGGAGAGAGACAGCGAAGAAUUAACACAUGUGCCUGCAGCAUAUGUAGAGAAUAAUAAUAUUAAUCCAUCAAAGGUUCUUGUUGAUGAUGUUGAUGAAAAUGGUAACACCAACAGGAAGAAACUUAGGCUCACUAAACAACAAUCCCAAUUGUUGGAAGAGACCUUCAAAGAUCAUUCUACUCUCAAUCCGAAGGAAAAGCAAGAAUUGGCAAGGAAGCUGAAUCUUCGGACCAGACAAGUAGAGGUGUGGUUUCAGAACAGGAGGGCAAGGACAAAGCUGAAAAAAACGGAAAUGGACUGUGAAGAACUGAAAAAAUGUUAUGAAACACUAACAGAAGAAAACAAGAGGCUGGAAAAUGAGUUGAAAGAUCUUAAAUCGAUGAAAACAACAGAUGCACCAUUUAAUCAUAUGCAGCUUCCGGUAGCCGGUCUUACAAUUUGCCCUUCUUGUAACAGAAUUUGCACCGGAAGCGGCGGUGAUGAGAAUAGUAACAUUGGACCCUCUCCCACCACCACUUUGCUUCUUAGCCCAAAGCCCCAUAUUCACUUCUACACAAAUAAUAGUAAUAAUUAUUCGUUCACCCAAUCUUUUGCAACUAUUGCUAGCUAGGGCCUAGGGGGUAGCUAAAUACAAUUUCAUUUUCAAAUAAUUUUCUUUGGUAAUGAUACAUCAUACACGAUUCAUCUAUAGUACUAAUUACUAAUUAGAUACUAUGUGGCGCACUUAUGCUAUUAGCCCAUUAUGUAAUUUGUUGGAUUAAGUUUUUUUUUUUUUCUUUCAAUUUAUGUUAAUAUAUUAUAACCUUUAAAUUGCCAUUGUCUCAUAAUUACUAA